UAGCUGCAAUAAGUAAUGGAAGUUUAUAAACCUUUAGAUUUUUAGCAAGUAACUAAAAAAAAUGCUAAAGAUUAAAAUUAAACUUCAUUAAAUAUAAAAAACGAAAUUAAAUUAGAUUAAUAGAUUUGUAGAGGAUAGGAAAGCAUUGGAAAACCAGCAGAUGCAACUAAAGUAUAAAAAUCAGUUAAAGAUACAAAAUAUUUAACAGUUAUAAACAACGCAAAUAAUAUUAAUGAAAAAGUAUAAGCUAAAGCACUUGAUGUAAAAUAAACUGCUUAAGAGAGUUAAACAAAUAAAUCAUUUGAAGUGAAAGCUAUUGUAAAUUAAUAAUAUAUAAAUAAUUUUAAAGAUGAAUAGCAAAGCUAGAAUAAACUAUCUUCUUGUAAUAGUAAGGUCACAAUUUCUUCUAAUUUAAGUUUUGAUUUAAGUUUAGAUAAUACCUAAAAAGAGGAAUAAAAAAAACAAGGAUACUUUUAUCAAAAGUUUGAAGAUGACUAAAAAUAAAAGUAAGAAUGCUAAGAAAACAUAAUAAAUGAUUUUUAAGAAUAAUAUUCCUCUUCCUUCUUAUCAGAAUGCUAAUCAUAAUCUUCAAACAAACAAGCAUAAAAUAAUGAGUAUCAAUUUGAACAGUUAUCUCUUUCAAACAAAUGUACAAAUUCUUAAUUUUUAAUAGAUAAAAAUGACUAACAAAUAAAUAAUUAAUUUGUCAAAGGAUAAUCUUUUUAAUCUACUCUAGAUGCGAGUGGAUAAAUUGAAUAUCACAGCAAUAAGAAAUCUUAAAUAAAAAUUAACUAUGCUAAAAACGAGGCACUUUUACAAAUAAAUACAAAUUAAUUGAAUAAUUAAAGUUAAUAAAAUGUAUUUUAAUUUGAAGAUAUAAAAUAAGAUUAGCAUUUAAUAAAAGAUCCAUUAAUAAUUGGCUUUGAAAAAAAUUAAUUGUAAUAAAAUGAUGUUAAAAAAUAGCAAAAUACUUCAUCUAAUAUUUCUUAGUACAUUUAAAAGAUAAAGCAUCGUAAAGUUUUGUGUGAUAACACAAAGGUAAAUUUCUUAGACAACUCUUGUCGAAUUGAGCAUUUAAAUGAAGUUAAUUCAAAAAAUAAUUAGAAUUUACUUGAAAUUGAGUAAAAUAUUAAAGUAAACGAAAGCAAAAGUACUGUUAAUAGCCAACCCAAUAGAAAAAGAGUACUCUCUCAAUAGGUAUAUAAUAAUAAUUAAUAGAAGUAACAGAUAUGCAAUUAUAAUUUAUAAAAAUAAGAUUAAACUUAUUAAUAAAAAAGUUUAACUCCAAUCAGCUGCUCAUAAGGAAAAUAAAAUUAAUAGCAUUUUAAAAUCGAAGGACUUAAGUAAAUAGAUAUGAUUAAAAGUACAGGAUUUUAAUUUAUUCCUUAGAAAAAUGAAUCUUAAGAAAAAGCUGUUAAUUUAAAUUAUAAUUUUAUAAUAAAAUAGAAAUUAAAUUCAAUUUAAAAUACAAACUAAAAUAAAGAUAUUGUUAGGAAUGACUAAAAAAAUGUUUUAGAAAUAAGAUUUGGCUAAAAUAUUGACAUUGAGUAAAGCAUAAAUCCUUAGAAACUAAUAAUUUCUUAGAAUUAAUAAGCAAAAAAUGAAAAAAUUUAAUUAUUUAAUUAAAUAAACGAAUAAAAAUAAGUUUAAAAUUAUUUUUUGAAUUCUUAAUAUGAAUCUAAUUAAGAUCAAGCUAAAAAAAUUAAUCUAUUGGAAUAAAUUAAUAAUAUAUAUGACACUCCUUCAUCUGUUAAAAAUAUUAUGUAAAAUAUUAAAAGUAGAUCAAAUUCUCUUUCUCAUAAUUUCAAAAGCUCAUAGAACUAAAAAAAAAAAUAAACUGAAACUCCUAAAAAUAAUGAGCAUUAGUAAAAAACAAAAUAAUAAGGAUAAAACUUAAAAGCAAGCAGCACUAAAAAUAAAAAUAAUUUAUAAAAUAAUACCAAAAAUGAUGUAAAAAUUCUUAAUAUUGAUAAGUAAAAUACAAAAAUUAGGUCAAACACAUUAAUUUUAAAUAAUUCACCAAAUUCAAAUUACUCUAAUGAAAUUUCAAAUAUUUCUGGUAUUAAAACUGCAGACAACAAAAAAGCUGAGAAUGUAAACUUUAGAAGAAGAUCAAAUACAAAUAUCUAAAAGAAUAACACUUAAACUCCUAACUUAGAUUAGAAAUAGAGCAAAGAUUUGAAUUAAAGAUAUACAAAUCUUUUUAACUAAUUAAAUCUAGACUGGAAAAUAUAAAAUAUUAAAAAUUUUAUUGAGUAAUGUCAUCCUGAAAAAAUUAUGUAAAGGAGCUCUUUUAUGAAAUAAUAAUAAAAAAAAUCAAAGUAAGUUCGAUUUUUAGAAGACAUAGAUUUGGAUAUGAGUUGA